GUUUCCCACAAUGCAGCGCGGCGCGCUGUCCCCGGUGCUGAUGCUCAGCGCUGCCCCGGAGCCUCCGCCUCGCCCGCCUCCCGCCCUCUCCCCGCCGGGCCCUGGCCCAGGCCCCCGCCAUGGCUCGGCUCGACCGGGUCCUGCCCCAGAGCCGUCGGGGGCGCUGGCUGCGGCGCUCGACAGCAGCCUGCGGGCCGCCGUGGCAUUCAAGGCGGAGGGCCAGCGCUGCUAUCGAGAGAAGAAGUUCCGGGAAGCCAUCGGCAAGUACCACCGGGCUCUGCUGCAGCUGAAGGCGGCGCAGGGGGCCCGCCCUGGAGGCCUGCCCGCCCCCGCCCCCGGGCCCGCCACCAGCCCCGGGCCCGCCCGCCUCAGCGAGGAGCAGCGGCGCCUGGUGGAGAACACGGAGGUGGAAUGUUAUGACUCUCUCACGGCUUGCCUUCUGCAGUCGGAGCUGGUGAACUAUGAGCGCGUGCGUGAGUACUGCCUCAAGGUGCUGGAGAAGCAGCAGGGCAACUUCAAGGCCACCUACCGCGCCGGCAUUGCCUUCUACCACCUGGGCGACUAYGCACGUGCGCUGAGAUACCUUCAGGAGGCCCGCAGCCGGGAGCCCACAGACACCAAUGUCCUUCGUUACAUCCAGCUGACCCAGCUGAAGAUGAACCGCUGCAGCCUCCAGCGGGAGGACAGUGGCGCUGGGGCCCCUGCCCGGGAUGUGGUUGGCUGAGGGCGAGGGGCUGCCUACCCCCCACCUCACCAUGGAACUUCCCAGACUCUUGCAUUUGCUGGUAAAGCACUUGUCACUGAUGA